AUGAUUCUCCCAGGUCGCUCUCUCAUCGCCCGCUCUAUCAUCCGCAAUGUCCAACAUCCCACACUGCAAGCCCAACCCUGCGGGGUGGAUCUGACCCUGAAACGCGUUCUCAAAUGGAACUCACCUGGCAUAAUCGACUUGGAUAACAGACUUCGGCAGACGGCUACAACCGAAGAGAUCCCAUUUCCUUCCCCCGAAAACAAGGAUGUCAAACCAUAUCUAGAUCUCGCCCAAGGUUCCUACCUCGUGGAGUUCAACGAAGCCGUCACCGUUCCUCUGGAUGUUAUGGGCCAGAUCUUCGUGCGCAGCUCCUUAUUCAGAUCCGGUGUGACUAUAGAAGCUGGGGUUAUGGACAGUGGAUAUGAAGGGGCUGUCGGGGCCUUAAUGCAAGUGGUCAAUCCAAUGGGGUUGCGGGUCUAUCCUGCUGCGCGUCUGGGGCAAUUCGUGUUUCACCAGAUGAGUGAGAAGGUCGAGGGUUACAACGGGGUUUAUCAAGGUAUGACAGCUUUGAGUUAG